AUUGAUUGAUUUGAAUGUAAUCCAAUCCUUCUUCCUCGGCAGGAGCUAACCCGCCUGGAUUCACCACACUGACAUCUUGUAGCGCAACUAAAGGAGGGAGGAGACUUUCAGAAUUAAAUUAUUAAAAAUAGUCCCAUUCCAUCUUUUUCAACUGCAUCAGUUGGUCCAGUCCCAUCCUUGCUCAAAUUGCCAUUGCCAUCUGGGACUAGCCUCCACCCGUUUGGCCCACCAUGCUUCUCUCUAUAGCUGUGCUCCUUCUACUGGGCCCCCUAUCCUCCCUUCAGACCCCGACCAGUCUCAAGAGGAAUGCCACUGGCACAAGCCUGCCUAGUCCUGGAGUCACCCUAAGCCUGCCAAAGUCCGUCACCACAACUGUAAAUCUUAAACAGAAAACCCAAAGCCCACCUUUAACACCAAAGUCGAACCCAGCCAAGGUUAACCAGACUCUCUCCUCAUCCUCCCCAGUUAAAUCUAACCCAGUCAAGGUUAACCAGACUCUCUCCUCAUCCUCCCCUGUUAAAUCUAACCCAGUCAAGGUUAACCAGACUCUCUCCUCAUCCCCCCCUGCUAAAUCCACUCCAGCUAUUGUUGCUAAGGUCCUGAAAGAGAAGGCAGCUCCCUCCCCACAUCCUAUUAAAGUAGUGAUCACCGAUGGCUGUGCCCAGAAGGACCAGAAGAAAGAGAGCGUGGCCCAUGAAACAGAGCUGAUGCUGAAGCCAGGCUCCCCCCUGGUCAUGACCCAUCACAUCAACCUGGUGCCGGGCUCCUGCACGGGAGGCUGUGAGGCUGAGAUGGCUACGCUGAAGGGGCGUGUGGAGCAUCUGGAGAAGGAGAUGACGGCCAUGAAGAAAAUGUGCUCUUCCUGCUCAGCCGGACGCUGUCCCAACAACUGCGGGGACCACGGCCGGUGUGAGGAGGGGAAGUGUGUGUGUAACGCCGGCUUCAGCGGCGCAGACUGUAGCACCUCAGUCUGUCCCUCCAACUGCAACAAGAAAGGAGGGAAGUGUGUGAAGGGGAAGUGCGUGUGCAGCCCUGGCUUCACUGGGACGGACUGCAGCAAAGGCAGUGAGAAGAAGGUUAAGAUUACUGUCGAAACUGUGACGUUGAAAGUGACUCCUGAGAGCAACGCGAUCAAAGAGAGCACGACUACGACUGUGAGGAAGACGAAGGCAGAAAAGACAAUCUUCGUGAAGAAAACCGACGACAAGGAGCAGAAGAAGGUGUUUGUGGGGAAGAAGGAGGGGCAAGGGAAAGAGGGUGAUGCCGGCCAGACCAAAGCCAAAACAGCUGGGAAGACGAGCAUCCUAAAAACCGACAUCCUCGCCAAAGUCAAUCCCAAAUCUCCUGCACCCUCCAAUGGUACAAAGACUGGGAAAGUGGUGAAGACUGUUGGGCAGUUGUUCCUGAAAGCGACCGGAAGACGCCCUGAGCAAGCAACUAAAGGCAAAACAGAAGUGAAGAAACUAGACACAAAGGUCAAAGUCACCACCAAACAAGAGACAACAGCUGAGAAGUCCUCUCUGAAGAAGGUACAACUCAAAGAUCAGCCUCUCUUGAAUGUUACGCAGACCUCUGUGAAAAAACAAAAUGGCACCUCAAAGGUUUUGACCCAGUUAGUGAAAGGUUCAAAACCAUCUGUGAAUGUUACAACCUCAGAGAAGACCGUCAUCAAAAAGGUUGUCAAAACCACAGGCACACAAGCAACCGAUGGUACAGUCAAAGUAACAGUCAAGACUGGAUCUGCUAAAGUGAAAACUACAGUGACUAAGGCCACAUCCGCUGAGAAGGACAAGGAAAUCCUUCAAGCCAAUGCCACCAUAGUCCUCAAGGAAGGACCAGUUGUGAAGAAAAAGGUGGAACACCAGUUGAAUGUAACGACUGUUGAAACCAAACUUCACACAAAGCAAACGAACAAAACCAGUUCCAAAUCAGCCAGCAGUGUUAUGACUGUUGUGGUCCAGAACAUCACUUCCACCAGUUUCAUUCUCACAUGGGACGCCUCCCAGGGCCUCUUCCGGAACUUUACCGUGACAAGGAGAGAGCUAACUGCAGGGGCUGACGACAAAGAAGAGGAGGUGGUUGUGGAGGAGGAGGAGAAGGAGAAGGGGAAACUUGGUGAGAAGCAAGAUGUCACAGUCACUGGUAACAUUACUGAGGUCAUCAAACAGAUUACCAACAAAACAAGUUCUGCCACCAAACUCCAUGUCAGCUCCACAACCAAACCUGAGGGGAAGAGUGUGCGCAGAUUCAGCCAGGUCCUCUCUGGCACGGCUCGCUCCUUCCAGUUCCGCAGCCUGCGUCCUCAGACACGCUUUGCUAUCUCUCUUUAUGGAACGGCUCCUGGACUCCGCUCCAAAAUGUACCGCCUCACUGUCACCACAGGUGCAGAGCCCCCCUCUGAAAUGGUGUUCACCAAUAUAACUGAGACUUCAGUGUCUGUGUCAUGGACAAAACCAAAGAACACGGUGACAGGCUUCAAGGUUAUCUACACAAACACUGCAACCGGGAUGAGCGGCUCUCUUUCCAUGGACUCACAAUUGUCCACCGUUGUCAUCUCUAAACUGUCCGCUGGUUCCUCUUACGAGAUCAGCGUGACCUCCAUGCUGGAGCUGAGUGAGAGUGACUCCCUCACUGCCACAGUCAUCACAGUGCCUGAUUCCCCUACAAAUCUACAGGCAGUUAAUGUAACGGACACGAAAGCACUGUUGGUAUGGAAACCUGCUCAAGCUAAAGUGGACCGCUACAUUCUUAGCUAUGGCUCAUCAAAAUCACCCAACGUUACUGUGACAGUGAUGCUGUCGGGCAGCACCCUGGAGCACCAGCUGCGAGGCUUACACAGAUCCACACUCUAUACCGUCAGACUCGUGAGCCAGCUCAACAGCCUGCAGAGCUCUCAAGUCAGCACCACCUUCACCACAGCCAGUGGUGUUAAAGUGCAGACCGUGGCUCCGGGCACUGUGACCUCUCACUCUGCCAUGCUCACCUGGAAAACACCUCAUGUGGCCUUCAAAACCUACAAGUUGACGUAUCAGGUCCUGGGACAGGAAGCCAAGGAGGUUUUACUGAGCCCCACAGUAAUCCAGUAUGAGUUGAAAGGUCUGCUGGCUGGCUCGAACUACUCUGUGAAAGUAGAGGGGGAGAAGGAGGGCACUUUUGCCACCGUCGUUUCAACCGAAUUCACAACAGGUGUCCUUCGCUUCCCCUACCCCACGGACUGCUCCCAGGUGCAGCUGAACGGCGUGCAGGAGUCGGGCGAGGCCGAGAUCUACCCCGAGGGCCCCGAGGGGGAGCCAGCGUGGGCCUACUGUGACAUGGACACAGAGGGAGGAGGCUGGACGGUCUUCCAGAGAAGAGUUGAUGGAAAGACUGAUUUCUUCAGAAGCUGGAAGGAUUACAGCAAAGGAUUUGGAUUCCUGUCUGAGGAGUUUUGGCUUGGAAAUGACCACGUCCACGCCCUGACCAGCGGCGCUCACAUGAACCUGCGCGUGGACCUGCGGUCAGGAAACGACACUGUGUACGCUCACUAUGCCAACUUCUCCAUCGCCUCGGAGGAGGACAAUUACACCAUGUAUGUGUCUGGUUACUCUGGCAGUGCUGGGGAUUCCUUGAGAUACCACAGUGGACGGCCAUUCUCUACCAAGGACAAAGAUCCUAAUCCACUCAGCAUUCACUGUGCUAAGGCUUACCAGGGAGGCUGGUGGUACAAAAACUGCUACAAGGCCAACCUUAAUGGUCUCUAUGCCACAUUUUCUGAAAACCAGGGAGUGGUCUGGAUAGACUGGAAAGGCAAGGACAUUUCCAUCCCAUUCACUGAAAUGAAGUUUCGCCCAGCAUCAUUCCUCUCAGUAACCCAGGGUUAGAGGAGAUCGCCAGCAAGAAUAUUAGGAUCCUUUGAGAUUGUGUGAGCAUGAGAGAGAGAGGGAGAGAGAGAGAGAGAGAGACAGAGAGAGAGAGACAGAGAGAGAGAGAGAGAGACAAAGAGAGAGAGAGAGAGAGAGAGAGAGAGAGAUGUGGGAUGUGGGAUUUGGGCACUGGCUAUAUACACUGUAUGUUAGUAUUCAAUCACACACACACACACACACACACACAGAAGCACACGGACACACACACACACACUCACGCACACACAAGCACACAGACACACACACACUCAUGCACACACACACACGAACCACCAUUACAUGGUCACACAGAACACAUGCUGAAAACUGUGUACUAUAUCUCAACUAAUUUAAAUGAAGCCUAUUCAAAUCCUACCGUGAUCCAUGAUAAAUUCCCUUUGUCCCUAGUUCUAGCUUAUCACGACCUCCACUUACUUACCUCUGUGCACUCUGAGGUGUCAUAGCCAUAUAAUGGAGUCCUGGAGACGGUCAUGGGCCCAGUUCCCUCUGGGAUGCCUUGUCUGUCUUUAGGUGGUCCUCCCACUGCUACUGACACCAAUGCACUGCUAUGCUGUGGGUGUGCCAGUAGCCAACGAGGGGCGGCAGGGCGGCAACCAUGUCAUUUUUUUAUUUCAGCUUGCUCAAUGUUCCCGUGGUUUCUGUUAACUUUCCUCACACCUUUACUGGUUUAAGAUUGCUCUCUGUGAAUGUGAGUCAACCGACUGUUAUGGAGCAAAAUAUUAGACCAAUAAAGCAAUG